CCUGGGCUGAGAGACGGUGGAUCCUAAAGUGUAGUGUGUGUCGAGCGGAUAUGGAGAAAAUGUAACGUUGCCGCGGUAGCCUCCUAAUCUCCGAUAUGAAGAGAAGUAAUGCAUAGUAUUGGCCUUGAUUGGACAACAAAAUAACAACAACAACCAACAGUGCAAGGAUUGGCUCCACGACAUCAGCGGGGAUCGUAGCGCCGUGCAGUGAGUCGGACAUCGAGCCUCUCGCAGGUGGGUUGGCAUGGCCCAGUGAUGAACAGUGCGGCAGUGCCCGGCAGCCCGGAGUUCUCCUCAUGCCCGCUGCCCGACUGGCGAGAGUUCUGCGAGCUCCAUGCCCGUGCCUCCGCCGCCGACUUUGCCCACAAGUUCCGCCGCUUCCUGACGGAGAACCCGUGCUACGACUCCCCGGGUGCUGACAGCAGCUUCUCGCAGCACUUCGCCAGACACUUCCUGGAGUGUUUCUCUGCUGCUGUCGCCCAGGCUAGGGACCACCAGGCCUCGCUCUUGCCAGGGGACGACGGCUCCAACGCUCCCCCCAAAUACAGCAUUGUUCCCUUCCUGGGGAUCCAGGGCUGCCCUUUGCCCUACGGACACAACGACCUCUACCAGCGGCGUAAGGACGCCGGUGCCUCCAGCGAGUCCCUGGACAGUAUGGACAGUGGAGGUUUAGGAGUAGAAGGGAUAGGAGGAGGUAGUUCCUCCUCUAUGGCCACCUCCCGCACCCCUCAGCCCGCCCACAAACCCUCUGCUCUGGGCCAGUCACGCAGCUCAGAGGACGUGUCAGUGGGACACCCCAAGGCCCGCUUCAAGAAGGGAUUCUCUCUGAGGAACAUGAGUCUGUGUGUGGUGGACGGGGUGAAGGAGAUCUGGCACCGUCAUGCCUCCCCUGAACCAGACCCCGUAGUGGGGUCCGGAGGGGUCAGACGGGUCAAUGGAGGAGGGGAGCCAGGUGGGGACAGAUGGUCCCAGAGACUGCGUCUUCCCAGGGGGUCUCAGGGGCACAAGGCUGAGCUGCUGGAGAUCCAGAGAGAGGGGGCUCUGCGUUACAUGGUAGCUGAUGAUACUAACUGUAUAGGGGUGCCUCAGUGGCAGAAGUGUAGGUUGCUGCUGAGGAAGACCAGGAGGGACGAAGGGGGUGACAAGUUCCUGUUGGAGUUCUAUGUGCCACCCAAGUCAUCAAAGCCCAAGGUGAGCAUCCCUCUGUCUGCCAUCGUGGAGGUGAGGACCACCAUGCCCCUGGAGAUGCCUGACAGAGACAACACCUUCGUCCUGAAGGUAAGGGUGGAAAAUGGAGGUGAAUAUAUCCUGGAGACCAUCGACUCGCUGCAGAAAAACUCCUGGGUGUCUGACAUCCAGGACUGCAUGGACCCUGGGGACAGUGGAGAUGACAUUGAGCUGGCGUCAUGUCCCCACGGUCAGGCGUCUAAAGAGUUCUCCAUGGUGGCCUCCUGCAGCUGUGAGCUUCUGUCAGAGGGUGUUCAUCGCACCCCUGAGAGAUCCUGCGGCUCCGCAGCAGAACUGUAUAGCGCCCCCUCUGUCCGCUGUAGAGAACUACCCUUCACCCAGCACCCUUCCCAUGUCCCCCUGGAGCGCUUCCUCCAGUCCCCAGAGGCCCAGGGGAGAAGCCCCGCCCCAGGGGUUCUAGGUGACGGGGCGACUGAGGCGGAGGCAGACUCCAGCCUGGCGGAGUACCCAUGGUUCCACGGGACAUUGUCACGCGUGCGUGCUGCCCAACUGGUGCUGGCGGGCGGAGCUAGGAGCCACGGGCUGUUUGUGAUUCGCCAAAGCGAGACGCGCCCGGGAGAGUACGUCCUCACCUUUAACUUCCAGGGCAAAGCUAAGGUGAGCCAAUCACAGAAAGGGAAACACCAAGGUGGGCCAAUCACAGAAAGGGAAACACCAAGGUCAGCCAAUCGCAGGCGGUUUACCUAUACCACCUCCCCUUCACAUGCACUGAUCUUCAAACAUAAGAUGCCAACUGAAGGAUUUGCUUUCAGGAAACAGGACAGGUUGCUGACAGACUAUUGAGA